AUGGCCCCUCCCUGGUGCUGGCCGCUGCCUCUCCUCCUGCUCCUGCCCGAGGCCGUCUCUCAGGAGGCCACAGACGCCCACGACACCCUCUCCUGCUUCUACAACUCCAGGGCCAACAUUUCGUGCGUCUGGAGCCCGCCGGGAGGCCUGCCAGCCGCGUCCUGCCGCCUGGUCGCCACGUCCAAACAACGGAAGUGGCAGAAAGCGUGUGAGCUGCUCCGGGGGGCCUGCGACCUGAUCCUGGACCAGAACCCAGAGGCCCAGAAGCUGACCUCGGCGGACAGAGUCAGCAUGGAGGUGCAGUGCCAGGAGGCGGGCAGCUGGAGGGAGGUCACCAGCCAGUGCUUCCGGCCCUUCGAUUACCUUCGCCUGUUCGCCCCUGACUCCCUCAGUGUCACCGUAAGGGACACCCACCUGUGCAGCAACGUCACCUGGAGUGUUUUCUACUCCUACUACCUCGAGAGCUACCUGGAGUUCGAGGUGCAGAACAGGGCCCCGAGCCAGAAAUGGGGGGACGCGCCCCUGCUGAUCCUGAAGCAGAACCAGAAGUGGAUCUGCCUGGAGAACCUGGUUCCGGACACCGCGUACGAGGUGCGCGUGCGCGUGCGCGCGCGGCCCCGGCCCGGGGAGCGGCCCGCGGUGUGGAGCCCCUGGAGCGCGGCCAAGGCCUUCCGGACGCAAGCAGCCCCCGCCGGGAAGACCCAGCCCUUCUCCUGGUGGUACCGCCUGGUCUGGGCCGUCAGCGGGACGGUGGUCUUCAUCCUGUUCACUUACUUCCUCACCAGCAACUGGCACGUGGGAGGCUGGCUCAAGAAAUUCGUGAAGUGCCACAUUCCAGACCCCUCGGAGUUCUUCGUCCAGCUCAGCUCCGAGCACGGAGGAGACUUCCAGAAGUGGCUCUCCUCGCCCUUCCCCUCCUCGGCCUUCAGCCCCGGGGGCCCGGCGCCCGAGAUCUCGCCGCUGGAGGUGCUGGACGGGGAGGCCAAGGCGGCCCAGUGGCUGCGGCUGCAGCAGGCCCGGGGGCCGCCCUCGCCCAGCGGCUUCACCAACCAGGGCUACUUCUUCUUCCACCUCCCGGACGCGCUGGAGAUCGAGGCCUGCCAGGUCUACUUCACCUACGACCCCUGCGAGGAGGGGGAGCCCGAGGAGGGGGGGCCCGGGGGGCCGGGGGGCCCCCUGCUCCCGGCCCUGCCCCCGCAGCCGGGGGAGGACGACGCCUACUGCAGCUUCCCCCCGGGGGACCACCUGCUGCGCCUCCCCCCCCUCAGCACUGCCCCGCGGGGCCCCGGGGCCGGGGAGGGCUGGCCGGGCCCCUCCCUGCAGACCGGAGCCCCCGGGGGGGCCGCCUCCCCGCCCGGCGAGCACCCCAGCCCGGCAGGCCCCGAUGGGGCGUGGCUGUGCCCGGGCCUGGGGGAAGCGGAGGGGAAGGCCGCUGGCCCGCCCGGACCAGACCCCGUCAAGGCCCCUCCUGCCUGCUUGGCCUCGAACCCUGACGCUUAUCUGUCCCUCCAAGAACUGCAGGACCAGGACCCAGCUCACCUGGUGUAG